GCCGCAUUUUAUUUUCUUCUCACUAUCGUUCUAUCGACACACUUUUGAUUUUUCAUUUCUUCUUCUUCAUCUUCUUCGUAAACACCUUUAAUCUCUUCCCCUUCUACUGUUUCUUCUUCUUCUUCUUCAUCAAUGGUGUCUAACAACCCCAAUCCCUCUGAGGGAUUCUACUUAGAUCCAUCCGGAAUGGCGUUGCCGGGACUAGGACCGUUUGCCACCACCAUGGCGGCGUCUGAGGAUAUGUCUAAGAAGAUUCGUAAGCCUUACACAAUUACCAAGUCUAGAGAGAGCUGGACUGAACCUGAGCACGACAAGUUCCUUGAAGCCCUUCAGCUUUUUGAUCGUGACUGGAAGAAAAUUGAAGCUUUUGUUGGAUCAAAAACUGUUAUACAGAUACGUAGUCAUGCACAAAAGUACUUCUUAAAAGUUCAGAAAACUGGAGGUGGUGAGCAUUUGCCCCCUCCACGACCAAAGAGGAAGGCUUCUCAUCCAUAUCCUCAGAAGGCAUCAAAAAAUGUUGCCAUGCCUUCUCAAGUGCCAGGGUCAUUGCAGUCAACUUCUCCUCCAGUGGAACCUGGAUACACUAUAAGGCCAGAUUCAUCUUCAAUACUUACAUGUCCGGGACCUGCUGGAGCUGCAUCUUCCUGGACAGUGAACUCUGUCCAGCCACUCAAUUCAUCUCAAGUGCCAACAACUGCAAAUAAUUGUUGCAGUAGUACUGAAAGCCCUUCAAAAGCACGCCCUCUUGUUGAAACAAUUGAUCAAGGAAGUAACAAUCAUUCUCUUAGAGUUUUGCCAGAUUUCUCACAGGUUUACAGAUUCAUUGGCAGUGUAUUUGACCCAAAUGCUUCAGGUCAUCUGCAAAAGUUGAAGAGGAUGGACCCAAUUGAUGUCGAAACUGUUCUGCUGUUGAUGAGAAACUUAUCCAUCAAUCUGAUCAGUCCUGAUUUUGAGGAUCAUAAGAAGUUGCUUUCAUCCUAUGAGAUCGAUUCGAGGCCAAUUCGGCAUGGCGAUAUGGAUAAGCCCAUCUAUAUUGAUGAUCAUAAAUCCAAUUUGGUAUCCAACUAGUAGGCACGGGAGGAGGUGAUAAGACAGUAUGCUGCUAUUCAUGGGUGCACCUCAGACAACACAACACAAAUGCUGACCCCGAUGCUAAUAAUAAGCAAGACCGACCCAAAACAGACAGAUAACUUGCCCAAGUAUGGAUGCAAUAUUGUGGGGUUGCUUGCAAUAUAUAUAAAUAUUUUUUUAAUGUGGUCUGUUUAUUUUGAUGAUGCAUCUUAUGUAUAUAACAUAACCACCAAAUCCUGUCCUGGCCUUUGUUUGUAUAGAUGGAGAGCCCUUGAAAUAGUGCUGUAUAGCCCUUGUUAGGUAGGGAAGCCCUGUAUUCAAGUUUUGGCAGUUUAUUUGUAAACGGUUUUGUAUAAACCUAAGCAAUGCUUUUCUUUUCUUC